UGACCGGCGAGGCUGGCGACGUCGCGUGCUACCACCUACGCAACGCGCAAAAAAGCCUACGCGCCAUAAAAAAAACAUAAUAUCCCACCAAAAAUAAUAAAACAAUUAAAAAAAUAAUAACAAACGGCCUAAAAUUCAAAAAAAAACAAACAUAAAAAAAGGAAAAAUAAAUAACGUUCGAAAAACCAAACUUUUGGUUCGAAAUUCAAAAUUGCGCGCAUGCGUCCGGGUCCGCUGCCGCCCGCCGUCACAUUCAAGGAUAGUUUUAUGCAAUAGACUCUUUAUAAGUUUCUCCACAUAAUCAUAUAGUGUUAAGUGACUUUAUAAACAAUAGUAUUCAGCAACACUUGAACUCUUACCAUAAACAAGAACCGGUUUCAUUUUUACAAACUGUUAAACUAGUGUAAGGCAACUGAGGGUUGUUCCGCUCGGAUUUGUUGUGAAAGGGCUACAGUAACAUCCACGACCAUCCGGGAAGAGCUUCCUGAACCAUAGAGUAAAGAAGAAGAAGAAGAGAAAGAUCUAUGAAAUGAUGCCAAAGAAAAGUAUGGCAUUCUAGAUGCAAACAGCAAGAAGUUAAAUGCGGAAAAGGCAUAAGAAAGCCAAGAUUUCAUAGCAAAUGGGAAUUUAGCACAAACAAAUAACAAACUCCGCCAUUUGACGAUAAAGCAACACGUUUUUUCGCAAUAGAACAAGUUUUAAGUUUAUAUCAACCAUUAUUACAAGGAAACAAUAGAAAAGAGAAUUUAAACGUUUAAGUUCUUUAAGUACAUUUAAACAACACUGGUUAAUUUUGGAACUUUUCGAUUGAUUUACAUUGAUUUUUAUAUACAAACUCUCUACAUAUUAUCUAGUGAAAGUAAUUUAGUAAAAAAAACUCUGGACUACAUAUUAGGGCUAAGUGAUAUUUGAGACCUUUGGCAAAUAAGUUUUGGAAGAGUUUCGACCGAUUCAUCUGCCGAUUCAGAUUAUAUGGGAGAUGAAAACAAAUUGAAGAAACAAAAUCUCGUGCCUUAAAUUGGCCUUAAAUUAUAAGUAAAAACGGUAAGAUAAAAAGAUACUCAAAAGUUACAAAAAAAAAUCUAAAUUUAUCAAGUUUACCUACCUGUUGAAACGACUUCUAGAUUUCUUUAAUAGUACAAAAUUAAAAGUAAAUUAACGUUAAGAAUUAGUUAAAUGUUUGCGUUAUUUCUAUACAUAUAACGUUUUAUAUGAUAAAUGAUAAAAUUUAAUGGGCUUACAAUAAGACACAAGGGCAAACAAUAAAUGACAAUACAACAGACGAUACUAAUAAAGUCCAAGAUACAGAAAUAAAAGAAAUAACGCUUAGCAAUAAGAAAUUGAGAGGAAGAGAUAAAGAACAUAGAACAGAAGAACAAGACCUCAUUCUCGGGUUACAGCAUCUACUACAUCAGUCACAAGCAGAUCGCCGGCGUCGGAGCAAUAGCCGGGUGCAAUAAAGCGAGCCAUCGCAUGAUAUCGUUGUGACAAUUCGCCCGAAACUGGAAUUAAUGUUGAAAUACUUCAAUGAGAACAUAUCCCUAGCGCUGCAGGAGAGAUACCGGGACCUCCAUGAGUAUCGGAAGACUGAAGAGGUAGAGGAGGGAUCACCGAGGGAGGCGAAAGUUCCGAAAAUAGCUGAGGAAGGAGACCAGGUCGGCGGCGAGGGCGCGUUUGAGUCGAGCGCCGCGCCGCCGUUCCCGAGGCUCCUGGACCCUCCGAAGGAGGAGGACAACUUUGUGGCGAGUUGGCUCCAGAACUCCUUUAAGAUGACUGCAGCGGAAGGGAACCCUGAGGCGUCUACGGCCGGGAGUGCCUUGGACUUGAGAGCCACCCCGAUAUCCCUGCAUAUCCCGGCGUUGCAGCAGGCGGCUGAGGCGCAGCGCCAGUUUAAGAUGCAAGACUUUUGGAACCGGAGCCGACCAGGGACCCCGGUGCAGGAACCGUUGCCUGAAGGCCAGGGGCAGAGCCAGCCGGGACCCGCUCCACCCACGCCGCAGCCGCCAGCCACACCAGACCACAAACUCAUGACUGAAAAACUAGUGAACGAAAUACAGCAACAGCAGCAGUCGCCUUCAGCAGACUCGACGAUGAGCGAAAGAUCCCUGGUACCUUUUGCGCUGGUAAAUUUACUGUCUACACUCAGUAAUGUCGAUCCUCAACAAUCACCGACAGGGGACGCCCCGAUCGACCGCAACAUGUUGCCAUUCGCAUUGGUAAAUGUCCUGAAUAGCCUCAAUAUCGAUCAACAAGCGAGAUCCGGCCAGAGCAUCAGCGAGCGGACUUUAGAAGAAUGCUGGUCGACACUUCAGCGAGUGAGUUGGCAUCUGUUUCAAUGCAUCUUCAUGCACAAGAACGCAAUGCAAAUGCACGCGCGGGAGCUGCAGAGGGGGCUCGGGGGGGAGGUGAAGCCCCACCAGUGCCAGCAGUGCCUCAAGUCCUUCAGCUCCAACCACCAGCUCGUCCAGCAUAUCAGGGUGCACACUGGAGAGAAACCAUACAAAUGUUCGUAUUGCGACAGGAGAUUCAAACAGCUCAGCCACGUGCAACAGCACACGAGAUUGCAUACAGGGGAACGCCCCUACAAAUGUCACUUACCAGACUGUGGGAGAGCCUUCAUCCAACUCUCCAACCUCCAGCAACACCUACGGAACCACGACGCACAGGUCGAAAGGGCCAAAAACAGGCCCUUUCAUUGCAAUAUAUGUGGCAAAGGAUUCGCCACUGAGAGCAGUCUUAGAACACAUACGGCCAAGGAGCUUCAGCUGCACCUUGGUGUUUUGCAGCAACACGCGGCCCUCAUGAUCGGUGGGGCUACCGCCACCACAUGUCCAAUUUGCCACAAAGUCGUUUUUGGUGGCGAAGCAUUAGUAGAACACAUGAAGAAUACACACAAAGAUCCCAAUGCGUCCGGCGUUGCGAGUCCCCCUGCCACGUCACCAUACCCCGCUCAAGUAAAACCAACUGAUCCUUAUAUAGCCAAGCGGCGGACGGCCAACCACCCGUGCCCUGUAUGCGGGAAGCACUACGUGAACGAGGGUUCAUUGAGGAAGCAUCUCGCGUGUCAUCCUGAGACGCAACUGACCAGCAGCUUAAGAAUGUGGCCUUGUUCUGUGUGCCAGGCCGUGUUUACCCAUGAGAGCGGUCUCCUCUCCCACAUGGAGCAUAUGAGAAUGGAGCCGAAACACCAGUUCGCGGCUCAGUACGUCUUGUCCAGGGCGGCAGCCGAGAGACGAGAAAGAGACCUCCUUGCAGCUGUCUCAGCUUCAGCCGGGGGCUCCGGUCUCCUCAACCUCGCACCUCCCUCUCCAGCACAUUCUGAUUCGUCAUCCAAUGGCCGCCUAUCCUCAUCUGCUGGAUCAGAAGCCGGCGCAGCAGUCAAUAAGCUAACAGACUUGCUCCGAUCAGCGAACAAUGGACAUCAAGCGUAUGGAGAUGAAAGAGUGGCAGCCAUAGCCGCCGCGGCAGCCAACAUGAUGGCGCAGCCCGGGGAGGGAGCCAGCGCGGUCCAAGUGGCUGCUGCUAAUCUAGUUUCCGCGAUGAGACAGCAACUGGCUAGAGAACCACCUCCGGCUCAACCCCCGGCGGAAACCCCGCCAGCACCAGCCGAAGCAGCCUUAAGAAUCCAACAAGCUGAAGCUUUAUUACGAAGUCAGGCUGAAGCCUUACGUCUAGCUGUUUCCCAGGCGGCGGCCGCGCGAACGAAUGAAGCGAGUCCUUUGAGACAUAACGGAGGGUUCCCCCCUCAACCUCCCAAUGAUGCGAGCGGGCAGUUAUCUCCGGAACUAGUUGAGGCGUUUAGAAUCGCUCAAGAGCAGAGGUUGGAGCAAGCGCUACGGUUGCACGAUCCACGAAUGCUGGGCUUCAAUUUGCCGUCGCCGGCGCAGCAUGCGGCGCAGGCGGCGCAGCAGGCGGCCGCAGCUCAACAGGCGGCGCAGGCGGCGCAGCAGCAGCACAUGCAGGCCGCGCAGGCCGCACAGCAAGCCGCCCAGCAAGCUGUCCAGCUCCAGCAGAACCCUCAGCCAUGAAAAUUCAAUUAUUACUAAUCCGACACGAUUUCGGCAAAAAAAUCGUUAAAGCCUGAUUCGUUGAAGAAUAUAAAUAAAUUCACUCAUUCUAAGCUUUUCGGUAUGAGCGAUAAAUUAUUAUUAUGUAAGUGAAAUUAAAUAAUUUCGAUAGCUAUCCUUCAAUGGAUCGGGUUGAUCUAGUAAAUAGUGUAGCAAAACAUUUUUCUGAACAAAAACAAAAUUGAUUUCUUGAUGAAAUCGUCUCUGAUUAGUAAUCUCUAUAUUCGGAUCAUUAUUAUGAUUUCAGCCUAAAUUAAAUAUUAGAUAGGACUAACUAUUGUAAAUAAACGGAAAUAGUUGAAAAGAAAUUGUUGUAAAUAUUAAAGAUUACCUAAAAUAGUUCAAUGGAAAUAAAAUAAAAUUGGAACAAACACUCGCCCGAACAAGUAAAAUUUAAAAAAAAAAAUUAGGUGUAGACAACAGAUAACGCAGUGCAUUCUUCAAUUUGUUUGGUUUUCAUCGUGUGUUAUUUUAUUAGAUUUAUAUAAAAUAAUAUUUAUUUUUAUUAGCUAUAGCAGAGCAGUGUAUUUCUUAGUUUAAAUUUGAAUGUGCCAAACUAGCACGAUAUCGCAUUUAGCGAUAGGCAAUAUUUAGUUGCAUUAAGGGUUAUUAUUAAUAUAUAAUUAAUAUUUUUGUUUUACUUCUUUCACGCAAUAACACGUCUUAUGCUAGUCACGUUUUGAACGCACAAACGAUAUUCUAUUUUAUUUUUUUAAAUGAAAAAUUUGUUGACAAGUUUUUUUUUUUUGUUUCUUAAAAUCACUGACUUUUCACUUGGCGUUAUAUUUAUUUAAACUAAAUGCCAUAUUAGCUUUUAAAUGUAGUUAUAUACAUACGUAUAACACCGUACGUAAUAUUAUGCUUCUGUUCAAACAUUAAAAUAACAACUUUAUUUUAUAAAAAAUAAAAACAUUAUUUUUAUUUUAACAAAAAAAUAUAUUUACAUUUGUAUAGUUGUAUAUAAAAUUAUUUUAAUUUUUUUCAGAAGACUGCAGUUACUUAUUCUUUUUCAUUUCUGUAAAUAAACUAAUCGAUAUAUUAAGGAAAUUGUUUAUGGAAACGAAUAGCGAUUUUUCACAACACGAUCAUAAUACCGAUAAAGGACAACGUACAGAGACGUCGAAGGAAUUUAUCGUCUGUAUUUAUUGAAAUACACAUCGACAUUACCAACUAAAUAGAAAAACAUACACGAGACAUUCUUUCAACACGGAUGUUAACGUAAUAGCCCAAAUACUUCAUUUAUUUUUCAUUUCACAUAACAAGCUUAACAAACAAUAGCCCAACGAAUCAUUUUAAUGGUCGAUUAUAAGCAUAAUGCUUACCACAAACCAAUCAGGCGUCUAGAAUGCGCCAGUUGCCUUUGCAAUAGUUUCAUAGUACACACAAAUUGCAGAAUAGUUCAUUUAUUUUUUUAAUAAACUAUUUUGCAAUUCGAUAAUAAGAAUGUCAAGUGUUGCCGAAUAUUAAUUCUUUUAAUAUUAUCAUCAUGUAUUAUAAAUAAGUGGCAAUAUGUGUGUAUAAUUGAAUGUUUCAAUUGAAUUCGCAUAUACACACAAAUUGCAGUAUUCUACGUGUAAUCGUAAAAUAGGUAAGGUAUAAUAAGCUGAAUUUUAAUGUACGUAAUUGUUUCAAUCUUGAAUUAUUGUCGGUAUAUGCGCGAAUAUAAAUGAUACACUUAAUACAAUUGUGUAUUGACAGUCGCGCAACGCCGAUGUAAUUGAUAAAAAUAAAAAAAUACAAUGCAAUAGCCCAAAAAUUCGUUAUAAUUUUUGUCGUGACAUUUUUUUUGUGAAUGAAUGUUUAUUUCAUUGUUUCUUUUGUGGUUAAUGUACUUUAUUUAAAAAUACAAAACAUUUCGGCAAUUUUUAUUAUAUUUUUAUGGUGCGAAAAGGACAGUUCCAUCGAGACGCGAAGGUUACUCGAAGUUUAAGUUUUCUGGGAAACGUGAAAACUCCUAUUGGAUAUCUCACUGAAAUUUUCGACUGACAUAUUAUAAUUGACAUAUUUUCGACAACUGCAAUGAAAAUUCAAAGUGAACGGAUCGCUAUUAAUGUAAAAAAAAUGUCCUCAUAAAUUAAUAUAUAAAUAAAUUUAAUGUAACAACAAAAGAAGUUCCUAUGAAUAUUGUAUAAAUGGUAUUGUUUUAAAUUUAGGUCUUAGUAGAAGGAAAAAAUUAUUGACGUUUGGUAUUUUUAAAGUUAUAAAUAAUAAACCAUCGUGUUAGGGAACUGAACUCGGAUCGAGUUGUACAAAUCUAAAAGCACGGAUCGUGAAUCCUAACAUUAGAUAUUUAGAUCGAAAGUUACGUUUCCAAGAAAGUGUUCAAGUGGAAUAAAAUAUUUACAUUUAUGCGCGAGCUACUUAUGUAAAAAGAAAUGUUUGUAAAAAAUUAGUCGGAAGGUGUAUUUUCAAAAUCGAAAGUUUGAUGUAAGAUUUUUCGAAUAGAAUUUUAAAAAAUACUCAACGUAGAAUAUUAGUCUGUAUCGGCGCGCGCACAAAUGUAAAUCUAAUCGUAUUUUCUGUGAUCAUCGAAAUGGAAUAGUUAUUAAAAAAAACAGGUCGUGUCUGCGAGUUGUCAGAGGUUUAAUUUAAGUUUUUGACGGACACAUUUUUUAAUGUUGAAAAAAAAAUAUGGAAAUUUUUUCUACAUUUAUUUUACACUGGAAAAUUCCGUAGAUAAGCUGUGUACAUUAAAAUUAAUAUAAAGCCUAAUUAUUGAUAAACUGGCGAUUUUUCUCGUCGCUCAGGUACUAAUUUAGAGAAAUUUGUGACUUCCAGUCAGAGUUUUCUUUAGAAUAGUUGAAUAGUUACAAUAGAACAGGAUUCAGUUGACAACCUUUGGAAUGUGGUCUAGAUGUCAUCACAUUUACCAUUUCUCUUAGAAUGUGCUGUUGGUUUUAUUCUUAUAUAAAAAUGGAUAUGACACUUUCAACGUUGUAGUUUAAUUGGCUAAUUAAUGAUUAUGGUUAAAUAUUUUUGUUGAUUCGUUAAGUUAAUAGGAAAAUUCGUUAAAAUUAUAGUUGCUCUCUGAACUCAAGCAUACUAUACACUCUUCUAACAAGAGCAAUGAAUCAAAACCAGCUGAUUUCACGUGAAUGAAAUAUUUUUAAAAUCGCUAAAAACACAUGCGGUUACAUUACAUUUCUUAUUUUAAAGUUAAAUAUAACAUUGUAAAUUGUGUAUGACAGCCGAAAACUACACAAAUCUGCAAAACUUGUGUAGUGGACAAUUUAUAAUGUUCAUUGUUAAGUUUUUAAAAUAACUUGCUGUUAAUUUUAAUUACACAUCCUCAUUGAAUGUUGAAGUUUUAAUUUUUGCGCUUGGUCGUUUUACAUUUAAUGUAUUUUCGCUUGUUUUUUUAAAUAUUUAGUCAAAUAUAUACAUACUCAUACGUAUUUUAAGAUAGUCAAGAUAGCCAGGUUUUCAAUUAUAUCUCACAUAGUAGGUAUUUCAUGUAUCGUAUUGUAAGUUAGUAUAAUUAAUGUAAUGUAAUACUAUAGCGCUCAUUUAUAAAACUGCAAUUCCUGUGUACUUUUAUGAAUGGGUCUUCACAUGACAUAGAUCAAGCAAAUUUCCGAUUUGUCAAAUAUUUGGUCUAUGUUAUGUUGUAGUGUACAACGAAAUAAAAACCAAUAAAUACAAAAAAAAAUCCGUGUACUUAAUAGUACUUAAAUGUCAUAGGUCUAUUAUAUUGGUGUUUCAUGGGAAUGUGUAUCCCUGUAGUCAUAUCCAUUUUUAGAUAAGAAUAAUAUUUUGUAAAACUUUUUGUCUUUGCGAAAAUGUGGAUCUACAAAACAUGUGAUUGGUAUUACAAAAAAAAUAAAAAAAACUAACUAACAGUGCGUACUUUUCGUCUAUGUUAUUGUAAUGCCUAAGCUCUGUAAUUUCACACAUGGCAUUUGCUGUUAACGAAACGUAUUAUUUUUAUACCAAACUUUUGCUAAAUUUAUACCAGUAUCUUUUAUAAAAUUGUACUUUUUAAUUUACUUAAUCUUUUCAAUUGGUGUAUUUUCUAGUCUUAUCUAAGAAUUUACAAGGUUUUGGUUACAAAUAAGUUAAUUGAAAUCUAGACUUAGCUACUGCCCGUUUCAUUGUGAUUCGUUCCAAUUUAUCUGUAAUCAAAGACUUGUAAACUUAUUGUGGAAUUUCAUUUAUAUUCAAAAAAUGAAUUAUUGAAAUAAAACCAAAACAUUAUAGGUAAACACAUUACAUAAUAAUUCAAUGGGAAUGUAAAUUGAAAAGGAGAUUUGAAAUUGAUAAUUGUAAAAAUUUUAAAAAGUACCUUUUUGGCGUAUAUAAAAAUAAUGUAAAAUUUCAUAAUGUUUAGCGGCGGUAGAUUUAAAUUUACUCAUAGAAAAGUCAAAAUUCGCGUUUGGCAUGUAUUUAAAAUUAAACUUGUAUAUAAACAUUAGGAAUGUGAUGUGAUUAUUAUAAUGUACCUUAUUGAUGUUUAGGAGGAAAACAAUAAACGUUGGAAUAAUUCUUUCGCAAAUGAAUAGUUGGCAUUAUCGGUUUAUUGUUUUUAAUUCAUUUUAUUUUUGUAAUGUAUAGAGUUAUUUACGUUAAGUUAUUAUUAUUUAGCAAUUUAUAAGAACCGAUGCCAUGUUUUAAUUAUUUUUAUUAGGUUUAAAACAUCAAUGUGUUUAUUAAAUAUUAUAUUUUUAUAAAAGUUAUUUUUUUUGUACUCGACGUGUAGUCAGGAUUUGAACUGCUAUGUAAUAAAUAAUUUAGUGUUGAUUUAUGUUAAGGUUAUUAUUAAUUUUACAGUUAUUGAACAAAUUAACCUUGAUUUUAUUAUUGUGACAUAAAUAUUAUUAUUUUUAACGACAGUAAAUGCUUAUUGUGUCAUUAACUGAGAUAGCAACUUACUAUGCCGGAACGGUUAGCUAUAAUUAUUUUAAAAAAUAAAAAUGAUGA